GAACAGAAGCUUCCACACGCUUAAGUCGUGUUAAAAUAUAUCUUCAGGUUGUGAUCUGAUAAUUUGCUCCUGUGAUCUUCCUCAUUUCUUAGAAUAAUGUCACGGCCAGCUGCAAAUCAAUUCUGGAUGGUAGCUGUGAAGACAAUUCUCUUUUAUGGGAUGUUCCUGCAGAGCCACCUUUCUGAGUGCUCAGAGAGUUGUGGGGAGAAAAACAUACUGUUUAUAAGUGCUGAAGAGAUUGAUGGCAAAGCAACAACUUUUCCAACUGAUGCUGUCUAUCAGGGAGGCAAUGGGAUUAAACUCUGUUUUAACAUCCAGCCAAAUAAAAGCAAAGCAGCCUGUUGUAGCAAUAGCACUUUCAACUGUGACAUUGAAAUAAGCUGUAAAGCCUCUAAUACAUUCAACCUGACGAUGGAUAAACAAAUUCUGUCCAAGCACGACGUUGUAGUGAUGAAGAAGAUAAAUGCUGUAAAUGCUUCAUGUAUGGAAUCACAAAACAACGGGACAACAGAUUUCCUCCGAAACAUUCACAACUGCUUGAAGAAUGGUGUAAAGGAAAACAGUAUCAGAUUGGGUCAAGACAAAAAUAUAACUUACGAAAAAUACACUUGCAAAGGAACAAAGUCAACAUAUAUAUUCGAAUCUGGCCAGCUGAAAUGCUGUUCUUGUGAGCCACCAAAUAAAAACAUCUCAGACCCACUCUUUCAAAUUUUUGUGCCUGACAACAGUUCUGCGAGCUCCGAGAAAGCACAAAAUAUAAUGAAAAAUCUUUCAUCCUUUCUGGUCCUGAUGGGCAACCAUAGCAUAGCAGCACUCAAAAUAGGCAACGUUACAGGGGUGCUUGCCAAACUGCCGCCACAAAACCAGACCAGCAUGAACUUUGGCUUUUCAGCAAGUGGUGAUAUAAAUAUUCUUAAGGAAAAUGCUGCUUUGGCGCCAGACAUCUCUCAUUCAGUGCAAAUUCCAAAAGAAGCCAGUAUAAUGGCUACAGAAAAAAACUCAUCUUUUGCUGGAGUUCUGCUUUUUCCUGGAAUGCAUCAUGAAGACUCCAACAGUUACUUUCUCAACAAUGAAGUGGUGGGAAUUGACAUGGGAACAAAUAUAUCCAAUCUCUCACAAACUAUAGACAUUCACUUUACUACUGUUACUAAGAACGGAAGAAUUGCUUCUUGCAGGUCAUGGGAUGGCAAAGAAGGUAAACCAAACUGGAUCACAGAUGGCUGUGAAACAAACGAAACCAAUGACAGCAUCACAUGCCAUUGCUCUCAUCUCACAUUUUUUGCCAUCCUCAUGUCACCCCCAACGGCAAACAUAAGCUCUUCUGAUUUUAACUCCCUGACAUCCAUCACAUCAGCUGGCUGUGGUGUGUCAAUGUUCUUCCUGGCAGUAGCUCUCAUGAUGCACUUUGUCGUGAGAAAAACAAAAGCAAGUAGAGCUACUAAGAUCCUGAUGAAUCUCUUCAUUGCCAUGUUCUUCCUGAACUUUGGUUUCGUGAUCAAUGAGCCCAUCGCUGGCCUAAAUAACUCAGUCGCUUGUGUGAUUAUGGCAGCAGUUCUGCACUACAGCAUGUUGGCCACUUUUACCUGGUUUUUUAUGCAGGCAUUGCACUUGUAUUUCACCCUGCUUAAAAGCCUUGUGAAAAUCAAGCAUUACAUGAAGAAGAUUGUCAUUACAGGAUGGGUAAUACCAGCCGUGGUUGUGAUUGUUCUUCUUGCCUUGCAAAAAUAUGACUUGGUCAUUUAUACGAACGAAGGGAAUUCAGCAAAAAUGUGCUGGAUCCUUGAUCCUGCUGUCCACAGAGGAGUAAACAUUGGUUUCUAUGCUGUAGUGUUCUUGUUCACUUUAAGUAUAUUCAUUAGCACUGUGUUUUACAUCACUCGGUUUAAGCCAGCAGUAGGCAAAGUUCAGGACAAAAACUCCAACAAGACUGACUUUUUCUCCAUUCUGGGCCUGUUCUCCCUUCUGGGCAUCACCUGGGCAUUUGCUUUUUUUGCCGAAGGGCCUCUCCUCAAAGCUUCCUACUAUGUCUUUACAAUCCUCAACUCCUUUCAAGGGUUCUUUCUGUUCAUCUACUAUUACAGGUCCAGCAAAUUAUUCGAACAGGACAAAAUGAUCCCCCAGAACGCCUGCAGCAGCGCUACAGCAAAAACAGAUGUAGAAUCUUCUAAAUAAGCUGAAAUAGAUCUCAUGAAUUAAGUGUUUAUUCCUUUGACCAGUGCCUUUUGUUUAUCUUGACAAAAUUAAUUUAAAGUUAUGAAACAGUUUUGAUUUGGAUCUAAUUCACUUUCUAGCUAAUCAUAACUGUGGCCGAUGGAGCACGGACUCUCUAGUGCCAGGGUAGUUUUGUUCAGUCAGGCUCAGAAAAUAUGGUGUGGAAUUUUUCUGACACAAGAUGGCAGCAUUUUAUUUGAAAUAGUUGUAAAGUUUAAAACUUGGUCUAAAAGAAAAAGAAAAAAAGUCUGUCAUCCUCCCAAAAUGAAAUGCUUUGUGUUAACAACUGCUCUACCCUGAAAUCUGGUUUAUCUUUACUCAGAUGAGGAGAAUGCACACUCUCCUGGAAGUCAUUAGUGAGGAUGGCUCUAUUUUUCAACAGAAGCCCUGUCUUACUCAUUAUGAAACCUCCAGGUUUCAGUCAUAUGGUGGUAUGCAAAGUGUGAAUGAUUAGAAAGAUAAAUAUGACCCUUUUAUGAGGGGUGUGUUUGUCAUAGUGGAUGAAGAUGACAGAAUGCAGAGUUUGAAGAAGGGAAAAAAAGAGAGGGAACUCACAGUGUUGGGGCCCAACCUCUAGUGAGCCCAUUGCGUGCCUGCAGAUAAUUACCUUGAGCCUACAGAGAGCAGUAUCCACUGGCUAACAAGAAAUGAGCUCAUGGUUACCUGUAAGAUGCCUGAGGAGACACCACUCUUUUGAAACUAUUCUCCAAUUUUUACUAUAUUUACCAGCUUGGACAUUUAUUGGUAUCAUCUCAUUAAAUAUGCACUGGUGGUGGGGGUGGGGGGGUGCAGCAGUAAAACAUUUAUCUAUAAAUUAUGCAAUCCAAUACAAAUAACAAUCCGUAUCUGUAUACAUAUUCUGAAGGUUUAUACAAAAAGUUUAUUCCUACUUCAGUCAUAGUUCAAAUUAUGUUGAAUUUUAUUCCUUUUUAUAAAUCUGUCAGCAUCUUACACCUAUUGUUAAAAUUUUCAGAUUUAUUGUAAAGUAUAAAACUCAGGUUCUACUUCUAUCCAGUAUUUAUUCAAAUUAGUGCAUAUUAUCAUUUAAGAAUCCCACCUGAUGUCAUGACAGAAAAAACAUUGUUUUGCACAGUUACAAAAUCUUUUUAAACAAAUUUCAUUUUUGAAAUACAGGGAUGCAGCUUUUGCCUUGCUACAUGAUCACGUUGAUGUUAAAAUCUCACCUCAAGAUGACGUUUGACACAAUUCAUUUGGCCACAAACAUGCAAGUGGAGGAAGAAGAAAAGAGGUGGUUGCAUGUUAGUCUACAGACUCCCACACAAGAGAUUAGACUAUGAGUUUGAACAAAAGAAAUAAGACAAAUAAUAUGAUAUGAGUGAUAGAUGAUACAAUUUUACAGAGAAAUUUGAUGCAGUCUGAUGUAGUUCUUAAAAUUUGUUUAAAUCUUUUCACUUGUAAAUACAUGCAACAUAUAUUAAUGUAUGUAAAUUAAGGGGUGUGUUUUGGUAAUUCAAAUACAAUACAAUGCAUUUAGUUCUUGCUUGACUUUGCUUACUUUAACAUACAGCUCUAAGAUAU